AUGCAUGAGGGCUUCUUCAACUCUGUUACCAAGCGCUUACAACAAGUGGAGACGAAUCUAACCUUGUCACUCAAGUACGUCGAGGAUCAAUCCAAGCACGUGCAAGAUGCUUUCCAGAGAUCUGAGCAGAAACAGAUUCUAAAGAUCUCUUCGGUUCUGACCGAGCUGAACCAGACCGUUCUGGAAGAGUUGCGCAACUUUCGAGAUCAGUACGAUCAGAUUUGGCAGUCAACAGUCUUGGCCCUGGAAAGCCAGAAAGACCAGUCGCAGCGGGACAUACUGGCGCUCAGCUCCCGGCUUCACGUACUGGCAGAUGAAGUUGUGUUUCAGAAGCGCAUGGCCAUUGUGCAGGCCGUGCUACUUCUGUCUUGUCUCUUGCUGGUCAUCUUUUCCAGAGGCGUCCCGAUCCCAUAUCUCGGCUCCCCGUCAGACCAGGGAAUGGGCCCGAGUGAAGCAUUUGCGGAAAUUCUAGCCUCGAUGCAGAGGCGCGACAUGUAUCCAAGCGGAUCGCCCAGGUAUCCGCUCGACGCACGAACGCCCACUACGCCGCGGCCUCAUACAGCAAGCUCCCCGGUAAACAUGGAAGACUAUGGCUACCAGCGACCGUCUCCUCCGUUGACACCUAACAACGAGCUGGAUAAUAACAGGCCGGAUUGGCAGGCCAACAGCCAUUCGGUCAUACAAGCGACAGGGUAUGACAAGGGGGCUCGACAUAUCAGCUCCCGUAAGCCGCUACCUUCUUUGCCAGAAGAUGUUUCUUCUCCCGACCGUUCCUGA